UUCUUUGCGAUGCUAAUAAAUUGCAAUUUUUAUAAAAAAAUUUUUAUAUAUUUUAUAUAAAUUUAUUUAUCUAAUUUUUUGAAAAAAAAAGAACUGGAGUCAUUAAGUAUAAUUUUUAAAAAAUCGUAUUUUAAAUAGAGUACCAAUAUUUCUUGAUUAUUCGUAUAAAUAUAUACAAAAUAAUUUUACAAAAAUUAUACAAAACAAUAUAUAAAUACAAUAUACAAAUUAUAAACUUUGUUUUAAACAAUGUUUAUGUGCAACUCUCAUGUUUUUAGCCAUCGAAUACAAAACAUUAUUGCGUAUUUAACUAUGUUUAAUCUCUCAUCGAAGCAAUUUAACUCGAAACUCGCAGAGCUUUAUCGUGUAGUGGAUAUUCAUAAUCAAGCUAUCCAGUUGGCUUCUCAAUAUCGUGAUAAAAAAUUCAGGAAAACAAUUUAUGAUAUCUGCUCUUUUAAGUAUGAUUUCAAUGGCAAUAAAUCUGCAUCGAUUAGUAAAUGCGAUUACAAUCAAGAAGAAUCAAUUAGAAAUUUUAAUUUCUCUUAUAAUUUUUGCCAAUCAUUUGGUGAUUAUGUUUUUAUCCAAUCAUACUGCUCAGAUUCUUAUGAACAACAGUGAAGAAUUUUUUCAUGAAUUAUAUAUAUCUGUAUGGUAUUCCGUACCAUUAAAAGUUCAAAAGAUUUUAUUACUUAUUAUGAUACGAAGCUCAACGACAUGUAUAUUUCACAUCUGUGGUGUGUUCGUUCUAUGCCACGCAGGAUUUACAACGAUGUUGAGUACCUCGUUUUCGUAUUUUACUUUGAUAUACUCGAUACAAUAGAAUCGAUAGUAUCAUGUUAAAUAUUAGUAUGGAAAUAAACAAUUAUUAUUACUCUUAUUAUA